AGGCUGCAGACCGCGGAGGCCGGGACGCCCCUCCCCAGGAGCCCGGCGCCUAAGCAUGGUGGCCCGCGCUCCGGCCGGGCAGGGUCCUGGAUGGCCUAGGAACCGGACUGUCCGUGGCAUGGGACUUGGGGACAGUCCUCGCCCUGUCUGCCGCUUUUGCUCUGAAAGGGCGCUUAACACUGGGGUCCGUUUUACUGGUCCGGCGGUCAGAGCUGCUGAAGACACGCUCCGGCUCGGAAGAACCCCACCUGCUCAGAUUGUCUGAAGGCCUAGGGUUGGGGGUUCUGGGAUUUGUACCCCUACAAACGCCGUGUGAUUUCUGUUAUGUGUAGGAACUAAUGUUUGUGAAAGGCAAACACAAAAUUUGUUAAUAUUUUACUGGAAAGAUGAAACCCGAUGAAACGCCUAUGUUUGACCCAAGUCUGCUUGAAGAAGUGGACUGGAGUCAGAAUACAGCCACAUUUUCUCCAGCCAUCUCUCCAAAGAAUCCUGGAGAAGGCUUGGUUUUGAGGCCUCUUUGUACUGCAGACUUGAAUAAAGGUUUUUUUAAGGUACUGGGUCAGUUGACAGAGACUGGCGUCGUCAGCCCCGAGCAGUUCAUGAGAUCUUUUGAGCAUAUGAAGAAGUCUGGGGAUUACUAUGUUACAGUUGUGGAAGAUGUGACCCUAGGACAAAUUGUUGCUACAGCAACUCUGAUAAUAGAACACAAAUUUAUCCAUUCAUGUGCUAAGAGAGGGAGAGUAGAAGAUGUCGUUGUUAGUGAUGCAUGCAGAGGGAAGCAGCUCGGCAAACUGUUAUUAUCAACUUUGACUUUGCUAAGCAAGAAGCUGAACUGUUACAAGAUCACCCUUGAAUGUCUACCACAAAACGUUGGCUUCUACCAAAAGUUUGGCUAUACAGUGUCUGAAGAAAAUUACAUGUGUCGGAGGUACCUAAAGUAAAGAACACCAUUAAGAUAAUGCUCCAGGGCUUUCCUGUUCAUUUCUGUUGCUGCAGCGCAGUGAGCUCCAUUCCGUCUAGACUGGAAGACUGCAGUGGUGACAAGAGCAUGCCUGUGGCUGCUGCGGCCGCUCUGCGUCACAAGAUUACAAAUGACCAUAAAGGGGAUGAUUUUUAACCAAAGGAAUAUAUUUUCAACUUGAAUCUUUUCUUGCAUUGUAUUUUUCUAAAGUUUGUCUUCAUUUCUGAAGUAGUCAAGAGUAUGGGUAGUAAAGAGUUGUAUCUGCUCUAUGCUGCUCAUUUUUAAAUGUAUAUAUACUGAAUAAGGCUUUUAUCACAUAAAAUUAUCUUCGCCUCAUAUACCUAAAUAGACUUAAGGGUGCAUCAUUUCUCACAUUAUAGGGAGUUGAACACAUCUAUUGUUAUAACUAGAUCAUCUAAACAUUGCUGAUCCUAAUACUCCACACACUUGGACAAGGUACAACAGUUGAAAUAACUAUUUUACUAAGUGUUGGUACAGUUCUGUGCAGACACCGCACCACCUGUCUCAUCUGUAAAGUGAUGUCAGAAUUACCCAAGGGCAGGUCAGUGGGUGAGCAGCUCUCACUCAGUGGAGGCACUUUCACCCUGGUUUCCAUAUCAUGGGCAUCUGAAGCUUUUGAGCUGCCAAAAAAAAAAAAAGUGUGGUACUGUCUUUGUUCCAUCCUUGAAAAAAAAGUAGCUUUUCUAUUUCUAUGAUUAUAAUGGUAUUAUUAUUCUGGUCCUGUUUUAUUUAUUUUAAUGAUUUUUAAAGGUAGAAUUAGACACUUAUUAACAAUGGUUCUAAUCUUUUUUGUAUUCCAUGUUAUUUACAUUAAACUUGUUUAUAU